AUGACGAUUCGAAAUGUUAUCCCAGCCACAGAUAGCCCUUCGAAACAGCUCAUCCUCGAUCUUGCUCGCGACCUUGAGAAUGUGAGCAUCUUCAAUGCUGACCUCAAGAAGGUCCGCGCCUACGAGCGCAAGGCAUUCUAUGACAAUCUCGACCGGAUCGACCGCGAACGGGAAGCUGUCCAUACCGCUGCUCUUGAUGAGGCUGCAGCCUGUCAUAACCGGGUCCGAGAAGAGGCCGAGGCUACACUGAGAGAAUACAUCCGUGUGGAAGAGGAAAAGCGCCGACAACAAGAAGAGGCCGCGCGCAAGGAAAAGGAGCGCAUUGAGCGCAUCCAGCGUGAGAAGGCAGAACAGCUUCGCCGCCAGCAAGAAGAAGCCGCUCGUGCCGAGGCUGAGCGUAAGGCGAAGGAAGAGGCUGCAAAGAAGGCGGCGGAAGAAGCCGAGCGCACGCGAAAAGCUGCACUGGAGGAGAAAGAGCGCCAGGAGCGUUUGGACCGUGAACGUGCUGAGGCGGAAAAGCACAAACAAGCUGAAGAUGCCAAGAAGGCCCAGCUGGAAGCCGAACAAAAGGCAAAGGCUCAGGAAAUGCGGAAGGUCGGUGCUAGCGGUCUCACACCGGAAGAAGCCUGUAUCCACGCACGAUAUGUUGAGCUGCACAAGUCUCUCAAACAGUUGCGAGAGUGGCUUCAAGGGGUGGUUAAGAGCAAUCCCGAAGCCAAGAAGGCUAUGGGCGACAUGCGCCGGUCCAUUAAGAAGUGUGUUGGGCAGCUGCGGGACGGCAAAGGUGCCAACAAAGCUCAGACCACACAAAUUCGGGUAGAGCUAGAGAAAGCCGCAAAGAUGACCGAACCAUCCAUUGAUAUUCGCAAGUUCAUUGCCUUCCCACCAGAUGAGAUUGCACAGACUGAGCAAAUGGUCCCUGCCAUGUUGAUCUAUGGGCUCAACAUGUUUUCAAAGGCCCUGAUCUCAGCCUUAAUCACCGAAGCAUCCAUCAACCCAGGCCACGCUGAACCUCUUGGUAUCGUCGCCGCGCAGAUCUUCUCGUUUGAGGGUUUCAUGUUCAAGGGUAUCCACAUGGGCGACAUCCUACUAGCCAAGUACCGCGUGCUAUGCCCGGCACUCUGGGGCUCCACCGGCAAUGACAAGACCGAGUCGGGCCGCCAGGCACUUGGAUGGUGGCGGGAAGAAGCCGGGGGUCCCUUCGUCAGCGAACAAACCCACAUGGAUCGCAUGACUGCCCUUGGCGCCGGCUAUGCAGCUCUCACUCUGCGGAAUUUCGGAAAGGCGAAACGAACCAAUCCAUUCCCAAAUAGGAUGUUUUGGACUUCGCUGCAGAAACUUCUUUCCGUUCCCCCUGCUCAGAUAAAGGAUACUCAGAUUUCGCUGCUCCAUGCGAUGCUUCAGAAUUCGAGCGAGCGCAUUCUUGCCUUCUUUGGACAAAUUGGAUUAGCCCUCAUGCGACGGGCCAUUAUUGAGCUGCCUGCGGCUCUGCCGCGGCAGACAAUGUCAGUGAAUCAGCUAAAAUUGCUGAAGGAAACCUACGCGCGCGAUAGAAAUCUUCUUCUUUAG